AUGGUCAAGGAGACGAAGUUUUACGACAUCCUCGGGGUUGCCCCGACGGCCACUGAGGCUCAACUGAAGACGGCCUACAAGAAAGGUGCCCUCAAGUAUCACCCUGACAAGAACCCCAACAACCCAGAGGCCGCCGAGACAUUCAAGGAGAUUUCCAAAGCGUACGAAGUUCUCUCCGACCCCCAAAGACGCGGUAUCUAUGAUCAGCUUGGUGAGGAGGGUCUUGAGGGUGGCGGCGGCGCCGGCGGAAUGGGCGCUGAGGAUCUCUUUGCUCAGUUCUUCGGCGGCGGAGGCGGCUUUGGUGGAAUGUUCGGCGGUGGCAUGCGCGACCAGGGCCCGAAGAAGGCCAGGACCAUCCACCACGUUCACAAGGUCAAUCUCGAAGAUAUCUACCGUGGAAAGGUUUCGAAGCUGGCUCUUCAAAAGUCCGUCAUUUGCCCCGCUUGCGAUGGCCGUGGUGGUAAGGAAGGCGCCGUCAAGUCUUGUACCGGCUGCAAUGGUAGCGGUAUGAAGACCAUGAUGCGCCAGAUGGGUCCUAUGAUCCAGCGCUUCCAGACUGUCUGCCCCGACUGCAAUGGUGAAGGAGAGAUUAUCCGCGAGCGCGACCGCUGCCGACAAUGCCAAGGAAAGAAGACCGUUGUCGAGCGCAAGGUCCUCCACGUUCACGUCGAUAAGGGUGUCAAGAACGGCCACAAGAUUGAGUUCCGCGGUGAGGGUGAUCAGUUGCCUGGUGUCAUGCCUGGUGAUGUCGUGUUCGAAAUUGAGCAGAAGCCCCACCCCCGAUUCCAGCGCAAGGACGACGAUCUCUUCUACCAAGCCGAGAUUGACCUUCUCACUGCGCUCGCCGGUGGAUCCAUCAACAUUGAGCACCUGGAUGACCGGUGGUUGUCUGUAAAAAUCGCUCCUGGCGAGGUUAUCACUCCUGGUGCUAUCAAGGUGAUCAAGGGCCAGGGUAUGCCCUCUUUCCGCCACCACAUUUAUGGCAAUCUCUACAUCCAAUUCGAUGUCAAGUUCCCCGAGAAGGACGAGCUUCAGAACCUGCACCUGUUGGAGCAGGUUCUACCCCCUAGGAAGGAGCAGACCCAGCCUCCUUCAGAUGCCAUGGUUGAAGACUAUGAGCUGGAAGAUGUUGAACAGAACGAGCGCUCACAAGCGCGCGCUCACGGCGCUGCCGGCCUGGACGAAGAUGAUGAUGAUGUUCCUCCUGGAGCUGAGAGGGUGCAGUGCGCUUCUCAGUAA